CGGGUUGCNGCCCGCCACGCAUCGUGCCCCGUUCGCGCAAGCCGCAACCGGCGGAGGCAGUAUGCUGAAUGACGUCAACAUCUCCGCGAUAUUGGACUCGUUCUCCGUCAGUUACGAUAAAAGAGUAAGGCCGAACUACGGAGGUCCACCAGUGGAGGUCGGCGUCACCAUGUAUGUCCUCAGCAUCAGCUCCGUGUCCGAAGUGUUGAUGGACUUCACGCUGGAUUUUUACUUCCGGCAAUUCUGGACGGAUCCACGGCUCGCGUUCAAGAAACGAACGGGGGUCGAGACGCUGAGCGUCGGCUCCGAGUUCAUCAAGAACAUCUGGGUACCCGACACGUUCUUCGUCAACGAGAAGCAGUCGUACUUUCAUAUUGCUACCACCAGCAACGAGUUCAUUCGUAUUCAUCACUCGGGAAGCAUCACACGUAGUAUACGUUUAACGAUCACGGCAUCGUGUCCAAUGAAUCUGCAAUAUUUUCCAAUGGACCGACAGCUCUGCCAUAUCGAGAUCGAGAGCUUUGGAUACACAAUGCGCGAUAUUCGGUACAAAUGGAACGCCGGCCUACAGUCGGUCGGCAUCUCGAACGAGGUGGAACUACCGCAGUUUCGCGUGCUCGGUCACAGGCAACGACAUUCAACCAUACACCUAUCUACAGUCGGAUACACGAUGAGGGACAUCCGGUACAAGUGGAACGAGGGACCGAACAGCGUCGGUGUCAGCAACGAGGUCUCCCUGCCUCAGUUCAAGGUCCUUGGUCACCGUCAACGAGCCAUGGAGAUUAGUCUAACUACCGGAAAUUAUUCGCGGCUGGCCUGCGAGAUCCAGUUCGUACGGUCGAUGGGCUACUACCUGAUUCAAAUCUACAUACCCUCGGGCUUGAUCGUCAUUAUAUCGUGGGUGAGCUUUUGGCUGAACCGUAACGCGACCCCCGCUCGGGUCGCCCUCGGAGUGACCACCGUGCUCACCAUGACCACCCUAAUGUCCUCGACGAACGCGGCGUUACCGAAAAUCUCCUACGUCAAGUCGAUCGACGUUUACCUGGGCACGUGUUUCGUCAUGGUGUUCGCCUCGUUGCUCGAAUACGCGACGGUGGGCUACAUGGCAAAGAGGAUUCAAAUGAGGAAGAACCGGUUCCAAAAAAUCGCGGAGAGUAUGAAGACGGCGAGGGAAAACCCGGGCCCGCCCGGGGUGCCCGGUGAUCACGGCGAUCACGCGCCUAAGCAAACUUGGUCCCGUGUUGUCCAGGAGGUGCGGUUCAAGGUCCACGACCCGAAGGCACACAGCAAAGGUGGAACGCUCGAGAACACUAUAAAUGGGCGGGCUGACGAGGAGGCAGCGCCGGCGCCGCAACAUCUCAUCCAUCCCGGGAAGGAUAUCAACAAGCUUUACGGUAUGACGCCAUCGGAUAUCGAUAAAUACUCCCGCAUCGUGUUUCCGGUAUGCUUCGUCUGUUUCAACCUAAUGUACUGGAUCAUCUACCUGCACAUCAGCGACGUCGUGGCGGACGAUCUUGUGCUUCUCGAGGAGGCGAAAUAAACGAAGAUGGCGCGGCGAUCGCGCGUACGAGUCGGGCGAAACGUGCGGUUAAAGACAGUUACGAAAAUGUAUCGAGAAUUGGGACGGGACGAGAGAUCGACUCCAAGGAUCAAUGGUCCAGCGAACGGGC